UGUGACAAAGGCACCAAAGUAUCAAGCUGAAAAAGAAAUAAACGGUUCGAUUCGACUGCAGAAGUUUAACAUUUUAAACUAUGGAACAAUUUUAAUUAUCUUUGAUCUCCAGCAAGAACAACAGGAACGGCAAAAGAAGCAACAGCAGCAGCACAAAGCAGAACUAGUUAUGUCGUCAGCGUUUGAAACGCUUUUGGAAGCGGCUCGAUUUAUUGAGCUACAAGAACAACGUGAACGUUUAACGUCAACGUCUUCGACAGCAUCAUCGCUUUCUACGUCUCCGCACAGCAAUAGCCGCUACCAUUACCAAUCAAACUAUGCAAGCCAUCAAUCGUUGGUCACAACACCGCCAGCUUCACCACUUUCUGAUAUUCCACGAAGUCAUAUUGACUACAUCAGUUCCAAUGGUACAACUAUCACCCGCAACGAAGAGCCAUUUCCACAACAACGCGAUGACAUCAAUGCCGAACAGGCAAUCAAAUUGUCAAAUUCAAGUGAAUGCAUUCUAUCAAGAAAAUCCGAUCGUUUUCAAUUGCAUCAACCGUAUCCAAUGUUGAUGCAACGAGAUCGAUUGUCAUAUAAUAAACCAAUGCCAUCACAACAUGAUUGUCAUUUGGUUAAAUCGAAAUCUUUGUCACCACUUGAAUCACAUGCACAGCAAAGACCAAAAGCAAAUUACUUUGUCAGCGAUGCAAUGCAUAUUGCACGUAGCCGAAGCACAUCUUUAACAUUAAAGCCAUUUACAACAUCCAACUAUGCAAUAAAAACAGGUGAAGACUCAUCCCAGUCAAGCUUAAAUUUGAGCGCAUCAAGCGGCUAUUUGAGCGGCAGCAGUGCAAACUCCAGCAAUUUAAAUCUGAGCGGACGCUCAUCGUCGUCAUCCAUGAAUGGAUCAACACACCAUAUUUCAAACGGAAAUGGCGUGCUUACUAUUCAUUCAAAUGGAAAUCAUGUAAAUGGCGAUCAAACGACGAACAAUCACGUGUUCUAUGAAAAGUCGCCAAUAAUUAAUGGAUACGUAGAUAAACGUAAUGGCAACAGCAGCUCGAAUGGGACACACCACUUGCAGCAAUCUCCACCACAAGCUGUCCAACAGCAAACUCUUACGCCACAGGCAACAAACAGUAGGCGCCGUACAAUUAGUUCAAAUAGCAAUGGUGGUACACAACGUAGCGCCUCCAUUCAUAGGGCCGGUACACGAGAAGUGCACAACAAAUUGGAGAAAAAUCGACGAGCACAUCUCAAAGAAUGUUUUGAACAAUUGAAGCGUCAACUCCCGCAAAUGCAAGAAGAGAAAAAGACGUCAAACCUAUUGAUACUGUCAAAUGCAAGCAAAUACAUUUCGCAAUUGAAGCGAAAGGAAAAAGAAUUUGAACAUGAGAUGGAACGUUUGGCCAAAGAGAAAAUUGCCAAGCAAGAAAAGCUCGAAGUGUUGCGCCAUCAAAUGUCCACACGUUUCGAUAACAUGCAUAGUACAAUUCAAUUGCCGGACAAUGAGAGCAACGGCAUUCGGGAAAGAGUGCCAUCAGAGUCAUUAAGCGAGCAAUCGUUGCCAAGCCGUGUCAGAUAUGGCUCAACAAGCUCACUAUCGAGUGCCGCUACUGCAUCUUCACCAUGCGCAGCUGGUGUUCCUUCGCAGUCGGCAUCUACAAUUUCGCCUGUGAUAACGACCACAAGUACAAUCCUAAAUGCAUCAUCAUCGUCGCCGUCACCGAAACGAGCUCACUCGUCAAGCCCAAUAUCGGCGUCGACCGUAAAUAUGCAUUCAGCCAUCACAGAAAAAUAUGUUAAAUUUGUAGAUUCUCCAAAAAUCUUACCAAAUGGUCUCACUGCCAUUUCAAAUGGCUUAAAAGCGCACAAUCCACCGAUUGCCAUCAAUUUAUCUACGUCUGAUGGAAUUUCACCGGCGCUAUUGAAUGCAUCAAAUGCAGCUGCGGCAAUGCCAUUGAAUUUGGUUCAUCAGCCAAUCACAAAUGGCAUUUCAACGAAUCAAUCAAUUCGAACGAUCACCGCCGCCAAUUCGAAUGGAUUGCAAAUAAUAAGCAGUACACCAAGUGUAACAAAUGGAAAGAAUGGCAUUCGCCAUCAAGACCAUCAUAAUUCCAAAGAACAAAUCAAGAAAAUCGAAACGAUUUCAACUUCCUCGGAACCACCGACUAAGGUUAUCAAGCUGAUAAAUGGCAAUGGCAUUACAUUGGCAUCGGUCGACAAAGAGACAAAACUGAUUCCAUCGACACAAUUAACAUUGUCACAAGUGGUUGUCAGUCAAAUUCCAUUGCUGGCGCCGACUCAGACACUGCGUGUCAUUGGUGCACCAAAUGGCGUUGCCACCAUUGAGUUGAGCAAUUCAAACGCCAUCAAAGGACGCACACCAGUCCAAAAUCAGCAACAUUCUUUGCCGAACGGUACAAAUGGAGCUCAUUUGCACAAAUUUCUUGUGAGUGGUGCAUCAACAAAUUUAACCGCACCAGUGAUUACGUCGACCUUUGUUAAUGGCACGAUGACCAAUGGUACAUCUGAAUUGGCCCGUUUACCUGGCGGUGCUGAAUUAAAUGCCAUUCUACCGCCGAAUACAAACGGCACAACUCUUUAUCGCAGCAACGGACAAUUGGCGAUUAUCAAAGGAGCUGAAACAAACCAAUCAAAUCGAGCAGUUCAUAUGGUUACACCGCUACAGCAAACAACAACCACACCGAUCGUUAUAUCGUCACAGGGACAAAGCAGCAAUAACAUAGCACACCACAUUAUUGCCAGCAAUCUUUCAUUUACAUAAGUUGUAAAUGAUCAAAAAAAAAACAAAAAUACAAACCGCAAGGGAAAUAUUGUAAAAUCACUCAACUAACGCAACACACACACACACAUUUACCCAAAUACAAACUCACACAUACAAAGUAAGAACGAGGAGAGAUGCAGAGCAUGAAAAUUCAGUAAAUAAAGAGAUGAUUGAUUGCAUCUCUAUGCGGAGAUAUAUUGUGAGUUCCGGUAGUCGAAAUUGAUUGAUUUCGAUUUGCGGAUAUAUUCAAUAUGUUUCGGUUUUUGAGAUAUGUACAUAAAAAAACAGAUUGUAAACUUUUUGCAACAGAUUGAAAUAUUCACACUUCAUGUAUGUGCACAUAUUCAGAAAAGAAAAUGCUAAUUUUUAAUAUU